CUAUUUUUUUUUCCCCAUAAAUUUUUGGUAGGGUCUGAUGGAAUUAACGUUUUCCUCUUCACCUUCUCUGAUUUAGGGUUUUUGUCUCUGCAUUUUGUUUCUCUCAGUGCUGAGUUGAAAAUGGGUACUCUUCCCUUAAACGCCGUCGUUUUGAAGGAUGGGUUUGCUUCCUCUCUCAUGGAAGCUGUGGUUGCAGAAACUGCAAAAUCUCUUGCUUGCAUCCUCUUCAUGAUGGGAUCUUUGUUGAAGGGCAUGUCGCUGUUAUCCAUGGGUCCUGCCACAUUUGAAUGGUUUCCGAUACCUAAGCACCAUGGGCUGAAACAAUCUGAUCCUGAGAAUAAAGAUGCCAGCGACACUGAGGAUGAUGAAGAAGAUGACGAUGAUGCAGAUGAUCAGGAUGGUGAUGAUGACCAAGACAAUUUGUCUGGGGAAGAGGGAAAUAAAGAGGGUGAUGGGGAUCCUGAGGAUGUGCCUCAAGCCAAUGGUGAUGGUGCAAGCGAAGAUGAUGAAGAUGAUGAUGAUGACGACGACGAUGAUGAGGAUGAUGAUGAUGACAGUGAUGAUGGUGAUGAGGAGGGGGAAGAAGAGGAAGAGGAGGAAGAGGAGAUUCCUCAGCCACCUACCAAGAGGAGGAAAUGAGGUACUAGACCCACUCAGACAUGAGGGGGGAGAGUGAGAUUUCUGAUUCUUGAAUCAUGUUCCUAGCCAUUAAUUGUGCCCUUGGAUGGUUAUUCACAGAAAUUGAAGGCUCAAAUGGUCUAUCGGAUGAGGGAAAGGUCUUUGUUCUACUUCCACAUCAUAAUGCUGGGCAUGUAAAAAUUUCUCAAUCAUUGAACUUCCCAACAGGGGAAAGCAGAGUGAAAUUGAAAUAUGAUGGUUUUGAGAGGGUGGAGAAUGUAGAUCCAAUGGCUUUGGCCAAAACUGGUGGUGAAUGUCUCGUCAAAAGUAGCUUGCCUUUGGAAUAAUUCAUUCCCAUUCAGGCUUCUUUCUUCCCAAAUUACAUGUCCUUAAUGAAAGUUGUCAGUUUUAAGUCUUAAGUGCUCCAUCAAUAACAUCCCAUAUUGUGUUAUGGGUUAUGGUCACAUCCGCACUAUCAAUUCCCUUUUAGCAAUGGCAUAUCCAUUUUGUCCUGCAUUUGUGAUAGGCAUGUAAUCCCCUUUUCAUUCUAUGAUAUAAGGUGCUUCCACA